CUUGUCUGUGUAUGUCGUUCCUAGCAGAAGAGAGUCAUCAAUUAGUUUGUAUAUCUCUGAGCUGUAGUUACAGGCUCCAGUUGGGUGGAACCUGAAAUGACACUAGUUAAAUUUAUAUCUUAUUCCUGAUGAGACAAGCUAAAUGGGUGCACAACCACUUUAGGUCUUUACUUUUAUUCACUUAUAUUAUAACACUCUGAUUGUAGCACAAGCCAAAUACAGAUCAAUAAAGCACAGUGAGUGAUGCUUUAAUCCCUUCCAGUCAGCUGCUGAUCAGAAAGUCAGUCACUUAGUCUGCUGCAAGCAGCCACUAGGGAAAAGGUCACAGUCAACCUAAUACCUGACAGUAGCUUGCUGAGGUGUUACUAACAGUUCUGAAAAUACAAUUCUGACUCUGAACCAGCUUACAUAUGCUCUUUACCUGCCCAGCCACGCUCUCAGAAGCAGUAGAAAGUGGUUGUAUCAAUGUAUGGCAAAGUUCAAAAAUUGAGAAGCUGAUAGCUACACCACCAGCGCUGACCACUCUGACUGACUUUCAGCUUGUCAACAUAUGAAUGUUGCUUAAUAUCAACAAAUGGCAUAUCAAAUGAAAGCUUUGUCUGUGUGUGUUGUUCCUAGCAGGAAAGCUUUCAGUCCAGGCUUUACAUCCAUAUUAUACUGCUUAGCUUGAAUCUAUCUGUUUGGCAGUCACCAGGCCAAACAUCUCUGUCAGGUAUCAGGGUCUCCUAUAUAAAAGUCUGUCUGUUAUUAUAGUUGCCUGCUUUGGCCAGCUAGCUUACAAAUGCUCUUUACCUGCCCAGCCAGGCUCUCAGAAGCAAUAGAAAGUGGUUGUAUCACUUUUUGGCUAAGUUGAAAAAUUGAGAAGCUGAAUGCUGCACCACCAGCGCUGACCACUCUGUCUGACUUUCAGCUUGUCAACAUAUGAAUGUUGCUUAAUACCAACAAAUGGCAUAUCAAAUGAAAGCUUUCAGUCUAGGUUUUACAUCCAUAUUAUACUGCUUAGCUUGAAUCCAUCUGUUUGGCAGUCAGCAGGGCAAACAUCUCUGUCAGGUAUCAGGGUCUCAUAUAUAAAGGUCUGUCUGUUAUUAUAGUUGCCUGCUUUGGCCAGCUAGCUUACAGAUGCUCUUUACCUACCCAGCCACGCUCUCAGAAGCAAUAGAAAGUGGUUUUAUCACUUUAUGACUAAGUUGAAAAAUUGAGAAGCUGAUAGCCGCACCACCAGCGCUGACCACUCUGACUGACUUUCUGCUUGUCAACCUAUGAAUGUUGCCUAAUACCAACAAAUGGCAUAUCAAAUGAAAGCUUUCAGUCUAGGCUUUACACCCACAUUAUACUGCUUAGCUUGAAUUUAUCUGUCUGGCAGUCAGCAGGCCAAACAUCUGUGGUAUGUGGCUGUGGUAAAUAUGCUAAAUUUGUUUGCCUACCUCCCUACACAGCGACAAGGACAGAAGAAUUGUCCACUGCCGUUUAUGCCAUAAACCCCAAUAUAGUUUUCAACUCAUCUUGCAAGGGUCUGUAUGAAAAUGGCGUCUCCAGAGGAGCGACUGGAGGAGAUUAAAAAAGCAAAAGAGUCCACAAAAGUCUGGACCCGGAAUGGCCGCAACUGGGACUACAAAAAACUAUGUGAGUAUUUCCCCCAUAAGGCCUGCCGGUGGACUUUGGUCCGUCUUCUGCGGGAGAACGACUUUUAUGUUGAUAAUGCACCUUUGUCGGACGACAUGGAGAAUGAUGAUGAUGGUGAAGUUCCAACCACCAGUGGUCUCAGCAGCAGUGUUAAUGCCAGAGGGACCUCUGAGGGGCCAGCAGAGUCAGCCACUAUGCCUAAUGAUGUCCCUGCAACAACAGGCUCAGGCUCAGAGAGAGAGGAAGAGGAUGACUCAUCUGACCUGACAUGGCAAAACUCUGCAUUCCAUGAUUAUAAAGGUGUUCGGUGCAUAAUGCAGGAGAUGGGACUCUAUGAAAAAUUUCCCACAGAAAAUGCCACCCUGCAAGCUUUUAAGCAACAGCUUAUUGAGAAAUUUGAAUAUCUGAACUGUCAACAGGAGGUAGACAAUGUCUCCAGGAUGCUGCGAUUCAUGCAGCCUAAAGGUGAAGAUAUAGACUAUGGUUUUUUGACCAAAAGCACUGAAACACAGGACUUUAUUAUGAGUCUUAAGAAGGCCACACUCAAACCUGCCACAAUUUUAAAUUACCGUAUUUUCCGCACGAUUAGGCGCACCUAA